GACUGUCAAGAUACCUCGCCCACAAAAAGUAGAUGCAGAUGCGACCGGACGGUGAACACGUGCGACGCUUUUUUGUGACGGACGCAUGAACACGCGGUGCAAUGUUCAAAAAGUUGUCGCGAAGCGACGCCCUUGAGAAUAUAUCCAAUUGGAGCACCAAUGAUGUGUUGUGCCUACUUCGAAAGAACGGUCUGGAUGAAUGUUGUAAAGCCAUUGCAAAACGACAGAUCGAUGGUGACGAAUUAUUGCACUUGACGGAAGGGAAACUGGCGCUGUGGAAGAGUGACCUCACGCGUCCACUGAUAUGGAAUCUUUGGACAUUCGUAGAGGAAAUAAGAAAAACACCAGAAAAAUUUGUAGAAGAAAAGAUUCUUGAAUCUCAAUCAAACGAAGAUCAUUUAAGUGAUACCGGCUCCUGGGGGACUGAUUUCGAGGAUGAAACAAACGAAGAGAAUACUUUAUCAGAAACUCAGAAAAUUUCCGGAUCAAAUUAUGAAUCUAAAAACAAUCAGAAAGUUUUAGAGAACAAUGCAGAUCUUAAACAAAAAGAUAUACAAACAGAGAAAGUAUCGAAGCAAGAGGAAGAAGAAACUUAUGUGAAUUGUGGUCUUACAAUUGACGAGAACACAUAUGCGAAUUGUCAGGAAACUGUGCCAUUGAAGAAUGCGUCCAGAUUGCAUAAUCAAGGAGAAAAAUCGUUAGCUGAACAACUUAAGGAACAAUUGCAAUUUAUAAAUACCAAAAAGCCAAUAAUGGGACCAAAACCUGAAUUAUUGCAAACAAAAAAUGUAGAGGUGUCAGUUUUAAAUCGAACUCAACCUCGGAAAUCGUUUCUUCAUAAUACAAAGGCCAAAUCGAAUAAUCUUACUCAAACGCAAAAAAGAAUGACAGUACCUCCUCCACCACAGCCAAUAAAAAAUAAAGAUCAAAUGGUGAUUAUCGAGAAAUCGAACAAAGAUCAAGCAAAACCUCCUGCAACGCUCAGAAAUCUUGAUCUGGUUGCCAAUUUACCCACAAAGACAGAAGAAAGUGAAGAUGAAUACGAGUCAUUCGAUGAACAAAUAAUUGAACAAAAUCAAAAAAAAAAUAUGUUGAGAGUGGACAGUAAGCAAUCAUUGACUAGUCAUCAAAGUUCUGUGGAAAGUGUUUACCAACCACCAAGUAUUACAAGUUAUGAAGAAGAAGAAGAACAUUAUGAUAUUUAUGAAUCAAUCACGGAAACACCAGACGAUAAUGGAUACUAUUUAAAUCCUAUUCAGAGGACGGCUAAUGUGAAAACACCCCCACCAUUGCCAGCCAAGCCUCCUCAAUCAUCGGCUACCCCCUCUCCAACUCCCUCUCGAACAGAUAUAGAAAAAUUAAAAGAGAGAUCUCCUGAGAAAAAAUCGGCUACAUUACCUCAUUCUAACAGUAAUACUUCUCUAUCAUCGGAAAGGGCUACGAGACCAUUACCACCGCCUCCUGAGAGACAAUCUUACAUUGACAAACCUUGGUUCCACAACGUUACCAGAGAGCAAGCAACAACUCUUAUUAAAGAACAAAGUACUUACGGUAACUCACAAGACGGAUACUUCCUUCUGAGACCAUCCACGACAAACGUGAAUAAUCCUUUGGCUUUGGUCCUUUGGUACAGGGAUAGAGUAUAUAAUGUUCCAGUCAGGAAAAGGCCUGACAAUAGGUAUGCAUUAGGUUCUGCAAAAGUAAAUGAGCAAUCGUUUUCUAACGUGGAGGAGAUCGUGAUGUUUUAUACAAGAGAAGAAUUAGUUCUUCAUAGCGGUGGCGUAGAAAUGGGAAGCACAAAAUUAACGGAUACUCCGCCUAAAUAAAUUUUUAAAAGUUCUCACAAACCAGCUUAUGCAAUACAAACACUGCCUAUUUAAGAAUUUCUAAAAGAAUUUGCAUGUAUUUAUUCAAUAAGUGCCUUUUGUAUAUGAUGAUAAAUCAAUUUCGCAUAUUUUUUAAAGUUAAAAUGCAUUUAUAUAUAUGAAUUGUAACACUCACUGUGAGUAUGUUUAGUAUUUAAAAAAAAAGAAAAAAAAAAUCUCUUAUAAAAUUGCGUGCAUAUUUUUUUAAUACAGAAUUUUUUAGAACAUAUAUAGAACAUAUACAAAUGGUAUUUUUGCUAAUGUUAAAUUUAAAAUUAAAAUUUAAAGAGCAUUGAUGUAUUGUAGAUAUUAUUUUUGUAU